CCAACCGCUGUUCCCGCGCUUUCACAAAACAGCCAUUGAAAACCUGCACUAAGAUUAGCUCAUCAAUCUGCCCUCUCCAUUCGAAUUUCUAUUCCUCCUUCUCUGUAAAUUCAUCCUAAAUUCAUUCUUCUCUCAAGCAACCAGGUUUUGAUUGACUGGACUCCGGCUCCGAUUCCCUCCCCCUUUUCCUCACCGGUCCCUGUCGAUCAAAACCUGCCGAUUUCCCCCAUUUUCACUUACCUGUAGCUUUCAGAUUCUUUCGACGAAGGUGUAGGAUUAUCGAUUAUCGUGGUUGGAGUUUUUUUUUCUUUUUCAUUCUCUCGCGAUCGGGUAGUUAAGUUUUCAGUUUAUAUAGCUAAUUGGAACAAUGGGCACCUCUGUCAAGGGCAACUCUGUAAAGGGCCUCUUAAAAGGACUAAGAUACAUUUCACAGAUUUUCGAUGAAAAGGAACAGGAAAUGCAGAUUGGGCUUCCCACUGACGUUAAACAUGUUGCUCAUAUUGGAUGGGAUGGUCCAUCUGGUAAUCAAAAUAAUCCUGGCUGGAUGAACGAGUUCAAAUCUUCGCCACAAGACUCAGGGGAUUUGGUGAAUACUAGUGGGGAACUCCCCAGCAAAGAGUCUGGAGAGAUAGAUGUGCAAAAGGCAAAUCGAUCUCGAAAGUCAAAAUCGCAAACAUCAUCAGACACGUCUUUAGACUCUUCUUCUGCUCGGCGACACUCUGAGAAAGGUUCUAGGCGACAACGCUCAUCCUGCCCUUCAGGCGAAUCUGCUGCAGAAGGUAGUAAUCGAAGCUCACGACGUCAUCGUAGUUCGAAUCAAGGGGGUUCAUCAAGCUCAGAAAAUCCUGCCCCAAAACACUCACAUCGGAGGAAAUCUAAGGGGUCAUCUGACGGGGGUGAAUCAACAAAAUCCUCUAGAUCAAGGGAGAAUAACUCUUUAACAGACAUACCAACCCCAGUGUUGGAAGCAGUUGAUGAAGAACAGGGGUGAGCAGAAAUUCCAGACAAGGAACUAAACGGCAUUCUAGUCGAGCUGGGUGCUUCAGAUGGAUUCUCCUUGCCCGUAUAUGAACAUAAUUUUGUUGCCUUGGAGAUGAUAUGAAUCAUAUGACUUUAGCUUCAGUCAUCAGUUAUAAUUUUAUCACCAACAAAGUUGUCUGUGUAAACAUGUAACCAACAGUCAUUCUUCAAACGAUGACCCACACGUAAUCUGAAGCUUGAAUUUAUAUAUUCAGCGCCCCUUUUCAAUGCAGUGGUAUGAUCCUCAUAAAUCACUGAUUGACAGAACCAUUGUAGUCACAAAUAACAGCACUUAGAUAGAGCUUAUUGUUGCACUGUCAGUCUUGCAUAUUUGUGUAGCAUUUGGAACAUUUCAUUUCUCGGGUAAUACAAAUCUCUUAUAUCACCUAGAAAAUUCUCCAACUGCCUCCCUUAAACCACUGUUCCAUCCAUGUCUAACAAGGAUGCCAUAGAAGCUUUCGGGUGUUCAGAGAGCCUUUUAAGCUGUCAAGGCUCAUAAGAGCCUGCAGUGGAUUUGGAUUUAAGUUGUUAGGAGGGAAUCCACGGGAUGAUCAUAGGUUUAUAAGCAAGGAACACUAUCUCUAUUGGUAUGAAACCUUUUAGGAAAAUCAAAAGCAAAGC